AUGUAUGAAAAGAAGCUUUUUAUCACAGGAGCUACUGGUUAUAUUGGUGGUGAGAUCUUGCACCAGAUACUGCAAUCGUUUCCAACUUUCGAGGUAACUGCGUUGGUUCGAAGUGUCGAAAAGGGAGAACUUAUCGAAAAACGGACUGAAAGGAAGGUCAAAACUGUGAUUGGGUCAUUGGAUAGCCUUGAUCUUAUCAGAAAGGAAACAGAGUUGUCAGAUGUUGUCAUUAACACUGCUUCAAACAACCAUCUGGCCUCAUUGGAGGUCAUCAAAAGCGUACUCUCAAAGAAAACAAGCGAAACAUUAUUCAUACAAAUCUCUGGUACAGGAGUAAUAACCGACUCGAUGGACCCUGAGAAGUAUACCCCAGACAAGGUGUAUGACGACGUCAAAGACAUUGAGGAAAUCAACUCAUUAGAUGACUCUCAGCCACACCGGCAGGCUGACAAAUUGACUCUAUCAAUAGAGGAGACAAACCCCCAAUUUGUCAAGACGGCAAUUGUAUCUCCGCCUACAAUCUUUGGCAUCAGCAACGGAUACGACAGAAAAUAUUCUAUUCAAGUCCCACUUUUGGCAAUAGAGACAGUAAAGGUCGGCUAUAGCUUCACCGUUUUUAAAGGAGACACACGUUGGAGUCACGUGCAUAUUUACGACGUCGGUUCCCUUUACGUGAGUAUCAUCAAGAAGUUCAUUGAGAAAGAAGAUUUUAGAAGCGGGCACUUUGGAUAUUACUUCACCAACGACGGCACAGACUUCACGUGGAAAGAAAUUACCACUAGAGUUGUGGAAGCCUUGUAUUCGAGAAAAUUAAUUAAAAGCAAGGAGAUCCGGGAAUUGAGCCCAAAAGAAGUAGACGAGAUCUUUCACUUGCCACCUUUAUUCUGGGGUGCAAACGCCAGAACUAAAGCUGAAGCAGGGAGACUUCUUGGAUGGAUCCCUGUUAAGUCAACCGAUUCAGACUUCCUGAGCGCCAUCGAUACAUCUAUAGAAUACUUGGAAAAACAUGGUCUUUUGGGACCUGGAAAUCAGUGA